ACGUCUCCACUCCCUUCAAACAGCGCUCAGGUGAGCAGGGAUCUACCGAUCGUUCAAAACAUCAAAACCAGGAAGGAAGCUAACUGAGGAUCACUUUAUUAACCUACUUCCCAGUUGCAUUUAGCAAUUAACGUGGACUUGAGUGACAAAAUAGUUUAAGAUCUGUGUUCAGAAUAUAAUGCUCCUGUCUUGUGGGAGGGGCUAGUGACGGGUAACUCUGAUUAUCAUUACACCUGCAAGCGAAAGACAGGUUGUGAGUCCAGUCCAGCUUCUUCUAGAGUCCUCCAUCAUGAAGUUCCCUGCACUGCUGUUGGGUUUCCUCCUGGUGUGUAGUUUGGGGAUCGCUGGCUACAUCCACACCACACGAAAGCAGGAGACCCACCUGAGCAAGCAGGCUUCAUUUCUAGAUAUUAAGUUCAGAGUGACCAGAGAUGUUCUGGGAGAAUACCAAGAUCAGCUGAUCCAGAUGAAAACACUGAUAGAAAAAACGAAAAAAGAGGUGGACAGUCUAACCAAAGACCUGUCCAUAGCCAAGACCUUCGCAGAGAAGAAAAAAGGUGACAUUGCUACAUGUAAAGGAGACAAGAAACGACUAACAGAUGAAACUGCUGCUGUAGAGUCAGAAAAGAAACAAAUCCAGGCUGAGUUUGUGAAGGAGAAGUCACAUUGGGGAACAGAGGCCCAAUCUCUAAAAAACCAAAUGGAGCAGCUGAGCACCCUUUGCAAGUACAUCGACAAGACGUCUGAUGAGGGAAAGAAACUGUGUAAAAUAACCGACGAGGCAAAGCCAAAGGAAAUACAAGAGGUAAAACCCAAGGCUGAGGAACCAAAAGCCGAACAGCCAAAAGUAAAUGUGGAGUGAAGAAAAAGUGGAUGAGUAUGCGUGUGUGUUAGGGGAGUGGAGCACAAUAGCACGCCAGCGUCCGCUGGAGAAUUGAACAGGACGGUGAACUAACUUGAACGUCUUGCUUGGGUUGAUCUGCAGCAUUCCAAAGGCAUCCCUGAAAUGACACACACUUUGGGUUCAAAGUUUGACUGACAUCACGCCUGGUCUGGCAUAUUCCUCCUGUGUUUUCUGACAAAUAUUUCUAUGUUCAUGAGGAAUAUGGGAUGAUGCAUGUGCAUUUUCUCUAUAUCAAUUGAAUUUUGAUGUCCACUUCACCCAAAAAUGAAUUUCUUUUAUUUAUUUUUAUUUUUUAAACGCUGCCUGUGUCUCAAUGUGCAUACUAUCCAUCUUAAAUUCUAUGUGAUAUCAGUAAUUCUCAAUACUAGUUAGGGCAGAUAGGAUGGAUAGUAUGCACAUUCAGUUUCCUUUCCUUUUUUCUUUUAGAAAAAGAGUGUUAGGUUUAAUUUUCUUUCUGGUUGUUUGAUUUUUUUUCAAACCAAAAAUGUAGUUUAGCUUGUCAUUCCGACCCUCCCUCAGGCUCAUUCAUACGUCCCGCUUGUAUCGACCAAUGGGAAACUCUGACCCUCUCACUGUCACACCUAAUCAUCCUCACUCUGUUCCCCCGGUUACUAUUGUUCUGCAGAGUUUAAUCUGAGCCUUCAGUGACGCAGAAAACCAGUGACGAAGUUGUGAGAGUGGUUUACUCUUGCUCUUCUUUGUUGUAAGUUAUGGUUUUAUGCUGACACAUUGUAAUGUCUAAUGUGAAAAGAUAAAUAAAUAAAGUCAGAGUAUGAUUGGA